UUAUCUUUAAAUGACAUGUGUAGAACAACGAUGUCGUUACCAAUGUUAAGACACUGUUGUGGCUGCCUGUCCUUGGAAAAAGGAUGUUUCAUACUUGGCGUUUUUUCUACAUUAGCCUGCAUAGCAGCUAUCAUAGCUGGAUCCUGGAGCCUACCGCGACACAGGGAGAGGGAGCAGGAAGAUAACCUGAUAUCGAUGACGCUAGUCAUGUUCUCAACUCUGUCGGGUAUCAGUAACGUCGUUGUGUUGGUUGGUGUUGGAAUGAGGCGACCAAGCUGCUUGCAACUUACCUUGCUGUUUAACUCCGUGUUCAUCUUGUGCAUCUUUUUGGUCGCGGUGGUCACGUGUCUGUUCAGUCCUGAACUCGCGCCGUUCAUGUCUAAGCCAGGGAAUAUUGCUUUGGUUGUGGUCAUGAUCAUUCUUGGUGCUGGAUAUUCCGUUUAUUAUCUGAUAGUAGUAAAUAGCGUUUGCAGGAAGAUGAAGAUGAGUUACAGUGAAACAGCUCUGCCUAUGUGAAAAACGUCCCAGACUGUAACUAUUGUGAUUAAAUAUGCUUUCUUAUAACACCAUGAAGGGGUGUUCUGUCAACGUAGUCACGCGAAUGUUUGUACCGCGCGUACACUGAAAUACUCUAUUGUACACUCGUUUGUACAUACGUACAUGUCAGUAGAAAAUAUUUGUACGUGUAUUUGAAAUUAAUAAGCGUGUGUACUUGGAUGCCUGUCUUUAAUUAUUAUAUAAGUUAGAUUUUGGGUGUUAUUUUGUACCUAUAUUUGUUAUAUGAAUAAAGCAUUUUAGACGUA